CUCCGCAGCUGGUGGCAGUGCACGCUAAUGCUAAUACCAGUACCUCUGCCAAAACAUGAAGACCAAAACCAAAGGCAAGAAGCAAAGGCACACUGUUGACAAAGAAGCUUUUCCCGAGGAGUCACGAAUGACAAAAAAAGAACUGGUGAAAUGUUUGCGACGCAAAGAGAGGAGGAAUGGGAGAAACAAGGAGAGCAGCAAAGUCACUACAGCCAGAGGCAAGCAUCCCUGGAGCAGUAAGGACAGGCACUUGAGGAGGCUGGAGAGCAACGAGCGGGAGAGGCAAAGGAUGCACAAGCUCAACAACGCCUUCCAGGCUCUGCGAGAGGUGAUCCCUCACGUGAGAGCCGAGAAUAAGCUUUCCAAAAUAGAGACUCUCACCCUGGCCAAGAACUACAUCAAAUCCUUGACCUCCAUUAUACUCAAUAUGUCCAAUGGACACUUCCCAGCAGCAGAAGGAAUGGGGGGAGCCUGGGGGUCCAAAUUAUACCAGCAGUAUCCACAGCAGCACGGGGAUAAUGAUCAUGAAGAACAGCUAUAAAAAUAUUCCAUACAGAUUCAUAGCUUCAGCCAAACACCUACAGUUAGCUCCUACUGUCCUUGACUUUCCUUCUGGCCUUGUAAUACCUGUCCAUACAAAGAGGUGCCAGGAGAUUCUUCUUGCCUCCAGCCAGCCCCUACUUCCUCUUUAAGACAAGCAGGUGCACUCAUGCCUAUAGCUUAUAUGGCACAUUUGAAAAUCACCUUUAGCAUUUGUUUCAGAGCUUAAUGGGUAUGUUUGGCUGCUCUGCCAGGGUCUGGAAACCUUUCUGUAACACUGCAGUUGAAAGUAAAGAUUCAGUAACUUCUGAGAACUGCUCUCCCAGGAAGGACAGUGAGUUGAGCAUUUAAGGUGUGCUGUCACCUGAACUCACCAGAGCUAGUUGAGAAUCUUGGCUGUCGUGCUGUUGAUCAACCUUUCAGUGACUCUGUUCCUAUCUCCUCCUGUUAAGGAGGAAAUUAAAAUUGAUGACAACAUGUGGCUUAACUUGAUAAGUGAAGCAGCACAUGUAGGAAAUUGGCCACCAAACUGGUAGUGGAGUAUUUUGAAUCUACUCUGAUGAUUCUGAACCUUGCAAGGCAUAAAAACUUUCAAAGUACUUCUAAACAUCUCCAAAGCUUUCUUAGAUUGUAAGCUCUCAGAGUAAGGAUGCUUCCUGGUCUGUGUUUGCAGAGCAUCCAGCUUUGUGGAGUUUUUCUUCAGGGGGUCUCUGGGGUCUAUACAAAUAAUAGAGAAGGGACAAAUGACUUAUUUUUGCUAAAACUGUGAUAAAAAUGCUUUGGUGUAGUAGCAAGUUAGACAAUGAUCUGAUGGCCUAUCCAAUUACAAAUCAUCUGCUAAUGGAGCCUAUAAUGCGACCAGGAUUCCUUCUGGGUUAGUGCUAGCUUCUAGUAUUAUGAAACAUAAUAAAUGAAGCAGGAACUCUUCAAAA